AUGGACAACUGUCAUACUAACGCUUCUUGUACCAACAUUGGCGGAUCUUUUCUCUGCACGUGUGACAAUGGAUAUACUGGAAAUGGAUCUGUUUGCGUAGGUAAUUAUACAAUUCUCAUUUUUUAACAUCAAUUCAAUUAGAAUGAUCGAGUAAAAAGAAAUCAUGUCGAGUAAAAAUAAAGAGGUAAAAACGUAUGCUACGAAGGUAAUAAAAGUAUUAUUUCCUACGUCGACAAUGAAUUAUUGCGCCAGCGCUCAUUUUAAUACGCCAUAAUACGAAUUGUGCACGAGUAAUCGUGGCGUGUAAACGUAGCUUAAAAAUAUCACUUUCAAAAUUAUAUGCUGUCUUUUACUUUUAAAAUAUACGUAAAGAUCAGCACAAUAAGUCGUCAACGAAUGUGUUUUGUUUUUAGAUAUCAAUGAAUGUUCUCUCUCGAUGGACAACUGUCACACUAACGCUUCUUGUACCAACAUUGGCGGGUCUUUUGUCUGCACGUGUGAUAGUGGAUAUACUGGAAAUGGAUCUGUUUGCGUAGGUAAUUAUACAAUUCUCAUCUUUUCACAUCAAUUCAAUAUUUCUUGGCGACUGUCAUCCAAAUUGAAACUGCGCCAAUAUUGAUGGAUUUUUCCUGUACACUUGUGAUGGUAUAUUUGAAGGAAACGAAACUCUAUGUCAAGAUAUAUAAAUAUGGGUUUUUCAUCAGUCAGAAUGAAGCAAUCUGAUUGGCUGAGAAUCUUUUUCGAGCGAGACGUUUUUUAGCAUCCGGCUCGCUGUGAAACGCCCGAAAAUGUCCGCUCUGGUUUUUUCCCGGCAAAAAACUUAGCUGCAUAUUAUAAAUGUUACGACACUGCAAUCGAGCAACGAAAAAUUCGUUGGCUCGAGCGAGAGUUGAACUCGCAUCUUCGGGUAUCUUGCCUGCCGUUCUACCUAUUGAGCUAUCGAGUCAACAGGGAAUAGUGGCGAGUCUUAUCCAAUUUAUGUGCACGAAAUAUUUUCGUGACGACUUAACGCUUGUCUUAGAGAACGCACAGUGUUUCAAUUCUAUUUCAGAACCAUCCUCAGAGAUACGAAAAACUAGUUUCAUAUUAAUCUGAUACUGCAAUCGAGCGACGAAAAAAUCGUUGGCUCGAGCAGGAUUUGAACUCGCAUCUUCGGGUAUCUAGACCGCCGCUCAACCUAUUGCUGUGCUGAGUGGUUAUACAGUAUUACUACCUUAAAACAUAAGCAGAAACUCGACGUUUCCAGCGAAGGCCCUUCGUCAAGGGUUAGCGAGUCUUAUCCAAUUUAAGUGCCCGAUAUAUUUUCGUGACGACUUAGCGCUUGUCUUAGAGGACGCGCAGUGUUUCAAUUCUAUUUCAGAAAAUUUGGCGGUCUAGAUACCCGAAGAUGCGAGUUCAAAUCCCGCUCGAGCCAACGAAUUUUCCGUUGCUUUAUUGCAGUGUCAGAUUAAUAUGAAACUAGUUCUUCGUAUCUCCGACAAUGAUUCUGAAAUAGAACUGAAACACUGCGCGUCCUCUAAGACAAGCGUUAAAUCGUCACGAAAAUAUUUCGUGCACUUAAAUUGGAUAAGACUCGCGAUCAAUCCCUGUUGACUCGAUGGCUCAAUAGGUAUAGAGCGGCGGUCUAGAUACCCGAAGAUGCGAGUUCAACUCCGACCCGCUCGAGCCAACGAAUUUUUCAUUGCUCGAUUUCAGUGUCAGAUUAAUAUGAAACUAGUUUUCGUAUCUCUGAGGAUGGUUCUGAAAUUAGCUGCAAGUACCGGUUGAAAUCGUGUAACAAAUGAAGUCUUGUAACACCUGUUCGCAAUUACUCGGGUUACACCAAACCACUCAUUGCUAUGCAAGUUUUACUUCUUCGAUUAAUUUCUGUACAACUUCAAUUGAACAUAUAUAAUAUAAAUAAAAAGCCUUUUAACAGCAAGGCCACCAGAAAAACCUGAGUGAAACAGCACAUUAAGACAUAUUUUCUUAUGGUAUUGUAAUAUAUCAUGAAAAUGAACGAGUACGUGCAUGGAAUAAAAAUACAAAACGCAUUACUCUCUUGUUCGACAAUCACAAUUUCAAAACGACCGAAUCUCACAUAUCCGUCCAAAACUCCGACCCGCGAUUCAAUCCGACUAAUGACAAAAUUAUUCUGAUCUUUUUUCUGUGCUGAAGUAUAAAAGAAUAUCACUUUGACACAUGAGCAGUUAUAAAAAUCAUUUAAAAAAAAAGAAAGAAGACUCUACCUAAUCGAGCUACAUUUUUGCGAAAAGCAAUAGGAAUUAGACCUGGUUCAUUUUAUUUGUUUCUAUUACAGGAAUGCCCUAAUUUAAUAAUUGAAAUCAUAAAUCAGCGCUGCACGGCUGUCUGGCAUUUGUGUCAUUUGUCUAAUAUUUGUUCUAAUUGUCACAGAGAAAUCCAAAGUUGUCCGAUUAUUGGGACCGUCAGCUUCCAAUGGUACUGGCCGUGUGGAAGUAUUCUACAAUGGACGAUGGGGAACAGUAUGUGAUGAUAGUUGGGAUAUAUAUGAUGCUAAGGUUGUAUGUCGUGCACUUGGUUAUCCAUAUGCGGCUAAAGCUCUUCACGGGCGUGACGUUCCUGAUGGAACUGGACAGAUAUGGUUAGAUGAUGUCGCAUGUACUGGGAGUGAACAGAGUCUAAUUAAUUGCUCUCAUAACGGAUGGGGAAACCAUAAUUGCGGACAUUCUGAGGAUGCAGGAGUACAAUGUUUUGCAGCGUUCACAGGUAAAAUUAUAGCAUUGCUUUUAACGACACGCGUAAAACUAUGGCACUCACGUUGUACAGGAGCACCCUCCUCUUGACUGGUGAAGUCGUUUGCCAUUGAAAGGAGCAAAAUAAUAAUAAUUAGUAUUAAUAGUUGCGCGUCUCAUGACCCAUGCCCACUUAAAUAGUUAGCAAGAUUCAUUGGCAGACUAGAAAAUACAUGCAUGCAGAAACCCCUCGCCUUGCUGACAAAACCAUUGUAUUUUUCGAACCUGAAGUAUUUAAAGUAUUUGUCUGUCAUGGUAACACGAUAAUUUUGUUAAGAAUAUUUUUACAAUUGAAAAAUCCCCUAAAGCUACGUUUACGAUCUGCGAUUAAUCAUGUACGACUCGUUUUCUGGCGUAUGUCUUUGAGUAAACACGCGUAAGCUGGCUACAUUUGAAAUUUCUUUUUAACGAAACGGCAAUGAAUUAUGGCGCCAGCACUCAUUUUAAUACGCCAGAAUACGAAUUGUACACGAUUAAUCGUAGCGUGUAAACGUAGCUUAAAAAUAUCACUUUCAAUUAGUAAUUACAAAAUUUUCAAAUCCCCAAACAUAUGUAUGUUAAGUAUGUUAUUAUAGUUAAUAUAAGUUUAAAUUUAAGAAAAAAUUCAACACAUAUGGGUAAAGAAUGUAUGAAUUUCUCUUUUUCAGGAAAUUUUCCAGGAUAACAACAGUUACCCUGCACUCUGACACAAUGAAUUUGGUACCCAACUACAGCCAUGCAUUGUGCUAGCUCUGUUGGGGGAAUAGGCCCAUUAUAUUAAGUAUUUUACUUUUCACUUUUCAGUUGUUCUGCUCUUCAAUUUAAAUGGUACAAUUUUUACAGGUGUAUCUGUCAGGUUACAAGGACCUUCAAGUUCCAAUGGUGCAGGUCGAGUGGAAGUAUUCUACAAUGGAAGAUGGGGAACAGUAUGUGAUGAUGGUUGGGAUAUAAUUGAUGCUACGGUUGUAUGUCGUCAACUGGGAUUUAUAUCCGCUGUUAGAGCUCUUCAAGGUAGCAAUGUUCCUGAUGGGACUGGGCAUAUAUGGUUGGAUGAUGUUUCUUGUGCUGGACAUGAACAAAAUUUAAUCAAUUGUUCUCACAAAGGAUUGGGAGUUCAUAAUUGCGCGCAUUCUGAGGACGCAGGAGUCGAAUGUUCUCCAACCG